UACAAUUUCAAGAGAACAAUGAAAAGAUCAUGGAAGAACGAAUAAAGUCUUACCAGUUUUCUUGACUGUCUCUUAACUAUAAAGGGGUUUGUCUUAUACUACCCGUGUAGCUACCGAUAGAAGCGGAGAACCUCGGCAUAGCUCCGCUCCGCUGGAGUCAUCUCGGCAACGGCACCGAGUCCGAGGUCGGACGAGUCUGUCUGCGGAACAAGUAACCCGGGUUAUGCAUAGGUACGGACUUGUGCAUUGCAAAUUUAACCAUCAGAAUCCCAUGUUUGAACACUCAAAACUAGCAUCUCUUUAUUCCGUGCCGCAAUAGUCUUAUUAACCAACAUAACAUGGCCGAGACAUCAGCAGCUCAACCUCCUCCCGAUACCAAACUCUACGUCGAAGCCACCGAGGCCCGAAAGUUCGUCGAGGGUGUCCUCGCGGGGAACGGCGUGCCGGAGCCCAACGCCGCCAUCGUAGCGCGAUGCCUCGUGGCAGCGGACUUGCGGGGCGUCGAUACGCACGGCAUCAACCGGAUCCCGUCGUACAUGGCGCGAGUGCGCAACGGCGUGCUAGACGCUACCGCGUCCCCAGACGUCUCCAAAGUCACACCCGUCGUCGCGCAGGUCGACGGGCGCAACGGCUUCGGAUUCCUGGCGGCGGAGGUCGGGAUGCGCACGGCCUGCGACAUGGCGCGCGAGUUCGGCAUCGGCAUGGUCAGCGUCAAGCACUCGAACCACUUCGGCAUGAGCGCCUGGAUCGUCCAGCAGGCUAUCGACGCCGGCAUGAUGAGUCUGGUCUUCACGAACUCGAGCCCCGCGCUGCCUGUGUUCGGCGGUAAGAGCAAGCUUAUGGGCGUGUCGCCUAUUGCUUGCGGCGCUCCUGGGGGAAAGGAAAAACCGUUUAUACUGGAUAUGGCGCCAUCUGUGGCAGCUAGGGGCAAGAUUUAUAAGGCUAAGAGAAGGGGCGAGAAGAUUCCUUUGGACUGGGCUUUAGAUGCUGGAGGGAGACCGACGGAUGAUCCGGCUGCGGCUUUGGAGGGGGUCAUGCUUCCCAUGGGAGGCCCUAAAGGCUCGGCACUGGCUAUAAUGAUGGAUGUAUUCUCAGGGGUAUUGUCAGGCUCGGCAUUCGCAGGCGGAGUUACAGGUCCAUACGACCCAAGCAAAGCAUCAGACGUCGGCCACUUCCUCGUCGCUAUCAAGCCCGACCUGUUUAUGAGCCUCGAUGAGUUCCGAGAGAGGAUGGACUUUCUGUACCAACGAGUUGUUGGCUCGGAUAAAGCCGCCGGGGUCGAGCGGAUAUACUUCCCGGGAGAAAUCGAGCAGUUGACGCAGGAGCAAAGGGAGAAGACGGGAAUCCCGUUGGUGCAAGCUGAAGUCGAUGCGUUAAAUGAGGAGGCAAAGAAGAUCGGAAAACCACUUCUGGUUAUUAGAGACUAAUAAACCCUUGGAAACCAUGGGUAUUGUAUUGUGGCAGGUUAUAUGGUAUCUCUACCUCCCAAUUCAUAAAUAUACUGCUU